UUUGAAGUAUUGCAAUUUAAAUCUGAUUAUUUUAUUCGUUUGUCCGUAGGUGUUUUUCAAACUAGGAUACAUUCUCAGAGGCCUUCAAUUAGGAACGAUCUGGAUACAAAUCUUAUAGAUCUUGACGAUAAUAUCCCCGGAAGAGCGGGUAUAGACUAUCCCACAUAUCAUACUGUGCCCAAAACCAAUUUUAAAUGUUUACGUUAUGAAUUUGCGGGAUAUUUCGGAGACCCGGAAACCGGAUGCCAGGCAUUUCACGUUUGCUUUCCGGAUGGAAGAAAUGCCAGUUUCCUGUGCGUCAACGGAACAGUGUUUCACCAAAGAUAUUUCGUAUGCGACUGGUGGUUUCAUUUUAAUUGUUCUCAAGCUCCGAAGUUUUACGAGCAAAAUAAGUAUCGUCGUCCACCUUUACCCGUUCUUCCUCCUGCGCCUAGGAAGAUCUUAACCAAACCUAUACCAGAACCGAAAAAAGUGGUUCCUCCCAAACCUCGAACACCGAUAAACAGAAGCACUAACAAACCGGGAAUUACGAGAAAGAGAGAGGAUCCUAAACAGAAAUCCAAAAAUUGUUAUUGCCCAUGUCGAUAAGAUGCGAGUUGUACUGUACAUUUAACAUCCUAACAAAUUUUACAAUUAUUAUCCUUUUAAUUUUAUAUUUUAAGUGAAUUUAAUAACUUAUAACAGAUAAUUUUCUUUCUCAAAAGGAAAUGAAGAAUCUCUCUUUUAAAUAAUUAACCCAGUAGAAAUUUUCCUCUUUUUAUUUAUAGUCUUAAUAUGUCCCAUUUUUCUCAUAAUGAAUGCUAGUUUUUUUGGAAAAUAACAAUAAUAAAAUUUAAUAUAUGCUGUAUACUCUUAAGCAUUAAA